CUUCGGCGCAAGCAUUCCGACGACGACUCGUACGGAGUUGAAGCGUACGCGGACGACCGACUACCACGAGGACGCCGUCUACGGAGGGGUGGAGGAUACGAGACAUGUGCCCGCCUCCGCGGACGACAACGACGACGACGCCACAACCACCAACGUCGGCCAGUCGCGGCGCCCGAACCGUACCGUCAGUACCGCGGAGGAAACGUUGAUUGUUGUCGGACGGCGGUUUUUGCGCUCGCAUCGAUCGGUCUUGAUGAAUUUCGCCGAUGGAUUUCCAGUAACGGGUAAAACGGCGACAUCAGUACCGACACCGGCACCAGCAGCACCAUCAGUAGCACCGGCACCAUUGGCACUGUCGUAGCGGGCGCGCGACCGACACACGACCGUAACGGUAAGGCGCGCGCACGCCGCCGACGUCGCUGCCCCCGCGCAGGGCACAACAGCGCGCGCGAAAUGCUAUCCGACCACGCCGCCGCCGCCGCCGCCGCCGCCGCCGCCGCUGACGCUGCCGUCGUUGUUGUUGUUGUUGUUGCCGUUACCGCACCAGUGUCGCGGUCGCCGUCACCGUCGCCGUCACCGAUGUUGUUUCCGUCACUGUCGUUCCGUCACCGCCGCGCAGCCGAUUAGAGUGUGACCACGACCAAGUACCGCGCGACCACGGCUGACCGCCGAAUGGAAAACAUUCACAACAUGGCGCCGGAGUCGCCGCUCAACGAAGUGGUGGUCGAGACAAUCGAUUCACCGCAAGACGUGCGGGCGCACGUCGACGCCGGUCGGUCGUCCGCGUGUCCCGUCGCCGAACCGCCACCGACACGCGAACUGUGCAUCACGCGAGUGCCACGUUCGCAGCCGGCCAGCAGGAUCGUGUGCCAUGCACGUUGUCCGCGGCCCGUCCACAACGACAACGACGAUCGCGACGAGUCGGAGGACGACGAUCUGGACGACGAUCUGGACGACGAGCUGGACGACGAGUUGGACGACGAGUUGGACGACGACGACGACCAGCACCACGACCGCGGUGGUGGGCACGUGCCGUCACACAACCAACACCACCAAACGUCCCACCAUCACAACUUGCACAAUCACCAACACCAACAACAACAACAACAACAACACCAUCAGCACCAACAGCAGCAGCAGCAGCAUCAGCAGCAGCAGCAGCAGCAGCAGCAGCAGCACCAUCACCAACAUAACCAGAACACGGAUCGCUCACCGAUCGAGAGUAAUGGCGGUGGUAGCCGUCGCGGCGUAGGUGGCACCGUCGUGGUCAGAGGUGGUGGUGGUGGUGGUGGUGGUGGUGUUGGUGCCAGUGGUGGUAGCAGCGUCAUCGUAGAAGACGUCAAACCGCCCGAGAGCACCAUCACGGUGAUCGUGCACCACCCGGACGACGAACGGGCCAACCGGUCGUCCAGGCUCAACGUCAGACACACCGUCAGCGUGGCCGGCAUGAUCGAAUCGCAAGAUUAUCACCGUGGAGGUGCCAACAACAACAAUAACAACAGCAAUAGCAACAACAAUAACAACAGUGUUCUUCAGCUGCACCACCAUCAACAGCAGCAGCAGCAGCAGCAGCAAUCCGAGCCUACUUACCAGACGCUUACCUCGGUCAACGGCCGGAUGUCACCGCCCGGCUACAGCCCGAACUCGUCGUACGCCACGCUCACGCCGCUGCAACCCCUGCCGCCGAUAUCCACCAUGUCCGACAAGUUCGUGUACGGACACUCCAAUAACGUGUCCGGCUCGUUCACGGUCAUGCAGAACAACAUCGGUGGCAUGGGCAUGGUGGUCAACAGCCCGUACACGUACGACAAGAUGGGCAUGCACUCGCCCAACCACUAUUCGCCCACGAACAUGCACCACAUGCCGCCGCAGCAGGGCUCGCCGAUAUCGCCGCAGAGCGCGUCGUACAGCCAAAACGGUGGCGGCGGUGGACCCGGCGGCGGAGGCCUCAACUCGCCGCAGAAAAGCAUGUCGUCGCCGAACAGCUGCUACGAUUCGCCGUACACGCAGAUCGGUGGAAACGCGGGCGGCCGCGCGGGUUCCGGAGCCGUGACCGUGGUGCACAGCCCCGAUCUCAGCCAAAACUCUGGCUCGCUGCAUUCACCACCCAUGUCCAGCUACGGUGGCACCACCACGCUGACCAACGUCAACGGGCUGACCACGAUCACGCCGCACCCCGGCGGAGGCCGUAUUGGUGGCGGCGUCGUCGUUUCCCCUCGCCACUCACCGUCUCUGGUCAUACACCCGAUCAUUCAACCCCAGGAGGUGGUGGUCACCACCUCUUCGCCUUCGCCGCCCGAUCACUCACAGAGGAUUCAGAUGAUGCACCACCAACAGCAGCAUCAGCAGCAGCACACCACCCUCAUCAAGACGACGCAGUCCAUCACCACCACGGUGCUGGUGCAGAACACGUCGACGAUCGGCUCCAAUGGCAGCGGUUCCGACAUGGAGGAGAUCAACACCAAGGAGCUGGCGCAGAGGAUCAGCGCGGAGCUGAAGCGUUACAGCAUCCCGCAAGCGAUAUUCGCGCAGCGCGUGCUAUGCCGGUCGCAGGGCACGCUGUCCGACCUGCUGCGCAACCCCAAACCGUGGUCCAAACUGAAAUCCGGCCGGGAGACGUUCCGCAGGAUGUGGAAAUGGCUCCAGGAACCCGAGUUCCAAAGAAUGUCGGCCCUCCGCUUGGCAGAUGAUUCCUCUUCUAACCUUGGUCAAGAUUUAGAAGGAAUGUUAAUGGCAGAAAAUGGACUACAGAACGGUCCGGCACCAAAUGUCGGGAAUUACAUAAACAACAUGGUAGCUCAAAUUCCACAACGAAAUGCUCCUUGUAAGCGAAAAGAAGAAAGUCAACCAAUUGUUUCCGAACAUUCGACUGCGCCAAAAAAACCACGUUUAGUAUUUACCGAUCUCCAACGGCGAACUUUACAAGCUAUUUUCAAGGAAACGAAAAGGCCGUCUAAAGAAAUGCAGGUGACUAUAGCUAGGCAGUUGGGGCUUGAGCCGACCACGGUGGGCAAUUUCUUCAUGAACGCCAGGAGACGAUCGAUGGAUAAGUGGAAGGACGAAGACCCAAAAGCAAUGGCGUCAUCGAAUCACCACCAAGACGACAUGGUUGUCAGCAUGCAAACAGGGACACAUAUGGGUAACCACCAGUCUGAAGUUUUGUGACCAAUAAUUAAUUAGGAUAAAUGUGUAGACAUAUUUAUUCCAUAAUGUUAGAGUACAAUAUUGAAAAAUGUGAUUUGUUUUCUGGUAAUUUUUAUUAUAAAGAUUAAUAGUUGUUUUUCCACUUACAAAUAUUCUCUUGACACGGUAAGGCAACAAAACAUAUUCCCAAACUUGUCCCUAUUGAUUUUCCAUUGAAACACUUAACGGUGACCACCCAUUUUUACAUGACGCGUAUAUAUAUAUACUAGUUCCAUGAGGGUCAGUCAUGCUUUCUUCCAAAACAAUAAUAAAUGAAACCCAACAGAAAUUAUAGAAAAAAAAAUCAAUUAACUUUUACACAUUUGUUAUUUGA